UGCCUAUUUAAAGCUUCACCUUGUCUGCCGUGCCGUGCGUGCGGAGUGACAUUGGCAGCACGGCGGCUCGGGAAGCCUUCACCGAAGAGCAAGGAACCGCCUGGGAGGGGGACGCGUCGGUGCCGCCGCCCCUGCUCGUGCUAGGCCGGUGGUCACGCAGUUGACGCAGACAAGGUGAAGCUCCGAGAAGACCGAAGAGAAGCAGAGCUUGGAAUUUGUUGGCGAACCUUUUGUCUGAGGUAAAACAGAGAGGAAAAGGCAGCACGGAAUGGACGCGGACACCGGCCCAGUGCAAUACGGGUGCGUGCACUACAAGAGGAAAUGCAAGAUAAGGGCGCCGUGCUGUGGCGAGAUAUUUGAUUGCAGGCACUGUCACAAUGAAGCCAAGGAUUCACUGGAGGUCAAUAACCACGAACGCCACGUGGUUCCUCGCCACGAGAUCAAGCUGGUUAUCUGCUCUCUCUGCAAUAAAGAACAGGAUGUACAUCAAGAUUGUUCAAAUUGUGGAGCAUGUUUUGGUAAAUACUUCUGUGCAAAAUGCAACUUCUUUGAUGACGAUGUAUCAAAGAACCAAUUUCACUGUGAUGGAUGUGGCAUAUGUAGAACUGGUGGUGCAGAGAACUUCUAUCACUGUGGGAAAUGCGGAUGUUGCUAUACCUAUCAGCUGAAGGAUUCUCAUCGUUGCGUGGACGGAGCAAUGCAUCAUAACUGCCCUGUAUGCUUUGAGUAUCUAUUCGACUCGACGAAAGCUGUCAGCGUGCUCCAUUGUGGACACACGAUUCAUCUGCAAUGCCUGUACGAGAUGAGAGCUCAUCAGCAGUUCUCGUGCCCGGUUUGCUUGAGGUCUGCUUGCGACAUGUCUGACAUAUGGCGAAAGCUUGAUCAAGAGGUUGCAGCCUCCCCGAUGCCGGCAAUUUGUCAGAAGAAGAUGAUAUGGAUCCUCUGCAACGAUUGUGGAAUGACAUCGAACGUGCAGUUCCACAUUUUGGCGCACAAGUGCCCGGGUUGCAGUUCCUACAACACCCGGCAGACGAGGGGCGGUCCAGCUGCAUGCUCCAGAGUUUGAGAACAAGCCAAGAGGGAAACCGGAAGCAAAUAAACCAUGCUGCACAGGAGCUGGUGUGAUCAAUAAGCUAUAGGCCUGUAGACAGCGUCCAUGUACUCUCCUGAUCUCCUUCCCCAGAGAACAGCUAGUUGACCUCACCGUCGUUUGCGUUGCUGUGCCUGGAAUAGUGGAAUUGUAUAUGCUCGGCCCUUCUCGUAUUGGGUUAUCGACAUGAUGGGCCACUAAGCUGCUUUUCGCUUUCAGCCCAUAAGUGAUGUCUGCUUGCAAAAAUGGUUUCGCCUGAAGAA